AUGCCUGAUCAUAGUCAUCUACUUGAUGCUCAACACCGUAUCAGCUAUCUCGAUUCUACCACUGAAGAGGAAGCAGACAAAGAAGGAAGGGGGAGAACGACACACCAAGGAGAAAAAGCAUCAACCAACUCAUCAGAUCCAGACAAAAGAAGAAGUGAUUCAGUAAAUCUUUUAGAUAUGACGGAUUACCCUUCUGUUCAACCCAACGUCAUUGAUGAGAAGCAAUCUCGCGACUCGAUAAUGAUUGAAAAUGACAAGAGCAAUGUCAACUUGCUGGACAAGAACGGUAACAAUAAACCUCUGAAUACAUCAUUACACAAGUUUGAUCCACUGCAAAAGACAACAAAAUCAGUAGCAUCAGGCAUUGGAGACAACAGCAAUCCUGUCAUGGAUACCAAGGCCAGUGGUGGCAAAGCAAUGCCUACUCGACUUCCUACACCUCGAAGACCAGUGAGCUAUACACCUCUCUCAACCGACAACAUACAUACAAGCAUAACGAAUCAACCUACUAUUAUAACUGCCAUCACCACUCAUACUGCUCCUACUACUGUCGCCUCAGCACCCGCUAUUCAACUUGGACCUACACCGCCUUCUUCGCCUGGUAGACGUGUUCGACAUACAUCUAUAGCUAGACUCGUUAAACCUGUUCCUCGAGAACUGGGCAAAGCAAAUCGAGAACUGGCUGAAUUUGAUCCACUGAUAUCACCCGUGCGCGACACUAACAAGAUGAUGCCUGCCAUUGAUAAUUCCAAAGACGAUCUGUUGACCUUGUCACCGACGAUAAUACCUUCUAAAAAAGGAGCUCAUCAUGCAUAUCCAGAGCAAUCCAGCAUAAUUGGUGAUUUGAUGAAGCAGCAACAGUUAGAAAAGACGUCCAUCAAACCAUGUAGCUCCAAUACGAGAAUCCCAUUGCCUAAAACUACCACUCAACAACAGCAGCCAUCCAACAUUAAAAACGGCCAAGAUGAAACACCACACCAGAUUCAGGAACCAGCGGUUGUCACCCGAUCUGCUGCUGCUAUAAAUCAGGUGCCAAAUAUACCACCAAAUACAACCACAACUCUUGCCACUAAAUUAAGAAAACCUGAGGUGAUUGUACCCAAAUCCAUCAAAAGACUGCCAUCCAAUCCCAGAAAGGAGAUAUCUGUACACUACACUAGACGACCCUCAUUUCCUACAAACGACAUUGUGCAAGACCAGCUAGAUAAGGAGAGGGAAAACUCAAGACGCCUCAGCGCCAAUCUGAUAUCUGCACAAGGUCUCAUCAGCCAACCGGAUGAUAUUACAGAUGAGCAUUCAGCAAACGGAAUUGCGUCUGUUGGCAUCAGCCGCACUGCCUCGCAUGAUGCUCGAAUGGACAAGAUACAUGACAGACUACAAUGCCUGGUAGAUGUCCGUAUUCCAUCAGAAAAUGAAGAACAACAGCAGCAACAACAACAGAUUAAUGAACCAGUCAUUCAUGAGUAUAAGAAGGAGCAUGGUAAUACAGAGGUCAUGAGUGCAAAGACUGCGCUGAACAAGUACAGACCAUUCCUAUCGCCAUUUGAAAAAACAGAAAUAAUGCGCUACCCAGCUAUUUACUAUGUUGGCUCACAUGCCAAAAAGCAUCAGGCCUCCACUGACGAAACAGCACAUAACUAUGGCUAUGAUGACGACAAGGGUGAUUAUCAUAUUGCCGUGAAAGAUCACUUGAAUUAUCGCUACGAAAUUGUCGAGAGCUUGGGAAAGGGGUCGUUUGGACAAGUGGUGAAAUGCAAGGAUCACAAGAUACAAGGUGAUCAAGGUUUUGUGGCUGUCAAGAUUAUCCGCAAUAAGAAGCGAUUUCAUGCACAAGCACAGACAGAAGUGCGGAUAUUGGAAAAGCUGAUGAAAUGGGACCCCAAGAAUAAGCAUUACAAUGUCAGAAUGAUGGAUAGCUUCUACUUUAGGGAUCAUUUGUGCAUUGUGUUUGAGUGCUUGAGUCUUAAUUUGUAUGAAAUUCUACAGCAAAACUCAUACCAAGGAUUUAGCAUGGGACUGGUCAAGAGAUUCGCCUUUCAAAUAUUGACAUCCUUGAAGCUUCUGAGUGAACACAAUGUCAUUCAUUGCGACUUGAAGCCAGAAAACAUACUGUUGAAGCAGCCAGAUCGAAGCGGUAUUCGAAUCAUUGACUACGGAAGCUCAUGUUAUGUCAACGAAAAAGUCUACACCUACAUUCAGAGUCGAUUUUACCGUGCUCCAGAAGUGAUAUUAGGUUUGGAUUAUGGAUUACCGAUCGACAUGUGGAGUACAGGCUGUAUAUUGGCAGAGCUGUAUACUGGGAAACCAUUGUUUCCGGGCGAAAAUGAGCCCGAUCAACUGGCGUGCAUCAUGCAACUAUUGGGUGUGCCCAGCAAAGAUUAUUUGGAUCGCUGUACACGGAAAAAGCAAUUUUUUGACAUGUACGAUCAGCCUCGUAAAUCAAUCAACUCCAAAGGCAAGAAAAGAAGACCUAAUUCAUUGACCUUUACCGAAGCACUCAGACGAUCCACCUAUGACAAUCUUGAUAGAGAUUUUGGAGAUUUCAUCAGUAAAUGUCUCACUUGGGAACCUGAUGAAAGAUUAAAACCACAUGAAGCGCUAAGCCAUCCCUGGAUCCAAGCGAUAAAGAAGUAA